AAAACCCUUAAGCAAAAGUGUAUGACAUGAACUAAAUUAUUUUCUUGAAAAAUAAUUAUUUUUAGUAUCAAAAUCUAAUCUGUUGAUACUUUCAGUUCUCUUCCAGUGUUUUGCCAAAGUUUGGGUGGGACCAAACUUAGCGUCCUGAAAAUUUCAGAAAUGAAAUAUUUAUAAAUGAUCAUGGUUAAACAUAUUUAUGCUAUAAAUAUAGGAUUUAAGAAAUGGUUCUUACAGAUACACAGGGUUCCUACCUCUAAACUGUAUAACUAUUCUCUGUUGAAUUAAGCAAAAAUGUUAACAAACACCCAUAAGCUUUAGUCAUUUUUCAAAUUAACUGUCUUUAUGCACAUAAUAUUAUUACUGUUUUCCCAUUCCCCCUUUUAUAAGUUAACACUGAGUACAACAAGCUGAUAUUAUCUGGCUUAUUAGUCAGGCUGUCUGCUCCACUAGUUAGCCUGCAGUCCGCUGCUUUACAGACUUGCUGCUACAGACUUUUGUAAGAACCAUGAUGGAAAUCGUAAAUGGCCCAUGCCUAAACUGAUAAAGCACAAAGCCUUACCAAAUAUAUUUUGUCUAGUUUCUAGUGCAAAUAUCUUAGUACACUUGAAAUAAGACAAAACUAACUUACCAGUAACUUUUCAACAGGACAUAAAAUCUCGUUUUAGGUUAAUAGUACUAGUUCCACUGGCACAUUUUUUAAAAUAAAUUUUUAAAUAUUAUAAGUGGAAAUAUCUGCCAAUGCAACUAGUGAUAUUAUUUUUAUAUUGAGGAAUUAACCUAAAACAAGCGUCUAUAUCUUGCUGAAAAGUGACUUGUAAGUUAGUUCUGUCUUAUUACACGUGUAAAAAGAUAUUUUCUAUAGAAAUUAGACAAAAAAUACUUGGUAGGAUUUUGUGUUUUUGUAGUGUAAAAUAGAGGAGGACAAAUGGUUAAGGAGUGAGCUUUGGUAUUACAGUGGGGGGGGAAAUCCUAAAAAUGACCCUAAUUUUAAAUUUAAUGACUUAGGUGGAUUUUUUCCUAGCGGUCAUUAGUGUUUCAUCCUUCCUUCUCUUCAUAGGCCUCAGAAACUCUCAUGCAGUCCACUUCACUUGUAUCUCAGUUCUUAAAUGGCAGUUGAAAGCAGAACCGGGCCUGGGUCCAUGAUUAAAGGCGGCGAUGGAGUUUUGGCUCAGUCUGUGUGUACUACAGCGAUAAGCCAUAUCAAACAGAGAAAAAAAGCCUCGGAGCAAAGGAGCUUGUAGUCGUUGGCAAAGGAGCGUCUAGAAUGUGUUGUUUUGCCUGAGCGUAGGAGGCUGCAGUGUGUGUGUGUGUGUAGAGUCUUCGUUCCUUGAUCCUACUUCUUGUAUCAGUCGGGGGGUGACAGUAUUUGCUGCCUCCCUGGAGAUAGCCAAUCAGUUCUUGCGUUGCAGUAUAAAGAAGUGAUGUUUUUUGAGAAUCAUCCGUGUUGUUGCGAGACUGCAUGGGAGAGAGCUCAAACUUGAUAAUGUGGGUCGUGUGAGAGAGACUUUGUAUGGUGACUUUUAGUGUAACCCAGUAUAUUUUCAUAGAAAACAUGUGUGACUGAAGAAGUGUUGGGAGUGUGGGGGGGCAAUAGGCAAUGCAAAGCACUGGCUUGAUCGCAGAGUUACAAAGAAGUUCACAAAAAGCUCCCAUUAGAUGAUGAAUACAAACAACAGAAGUAGAUCAUUUGAAAAGCAAAGAUCCUGCUUGAGCAAGGUCUUCCACCCAUAACAACAAAGAGCCUCUAUAGCGUGAAUGUGUGUAGAGCUUGAAAAUGGAUCUAGUUUGUGACACUGAUACCCAGCCCAAAGAAUGUAAAGGUGUUUUGUAAAGACUAAUGGAUGUUGUACAUUUUGAUUCUGGAGAAUUUUUUGACUGGCUUUGUUAUGAAGGAAAUGGAGGGGAAUGAAAGAGAGCUCAUCAAUCACUAGUUUCCACAUAACGAAUCUGAAAAAGAAGAAAAACAAUUAUUAGUGUCUUUUUGAAGUUAUUGUCGACUAGUUUUGGAUGUUUCACCAUCACAAAUGUUUUUUUUUUUUUUUAGGAAUGAUGUAUGUCUGACAUUUGAUUUGGGAAGUUUUAGAAAAAAAGCUGUUGAAAAUCGAAGUGUUGGAUUAUUGGUGGCCGAUGGCAUUGACAAGACAGCCACACCCCGUUCCCUCCCGCCUUCCCACACAGAAACAGCUAUCACUUUUCUUCUUUCAAACCACCCUUUUGUUAAGAGUGUAAUUCUAGUAUAAUACUGUACACAGACACAAAGCUAAGAACACCAGUAUUCAGUGUAAAAUGGUGCUAUGCUUCUACUUGUACUGUACGUAUGUAAAUCCCUUCUUCUGUGCUCCUUUUAUCUACCCCAAAGUCAAAUGUAAUAAUAAUUAUAAUAAUAAUCCAUAUUUUGAAGCAAAAUGUUUGCAAUUACUAUAAUCCCCCCUGUCCCAUCUUGGUCAAUUUGAGAAAAAAAAACAGUUGCAAAUAUUAAACACGACACCUGAACUUGAA